AAGCUUUUAUGGAAGCUUGUUUUUACCAUGUGAUCAAAUAAAUAAAUCAAUAAAUAAAAAAGGUAAUUCUGACUUUUUCCUCACAAUUCUGAGUUUACAUCUGAUAAUUCUGACUUUUUUCUGGUCUAUAGUCUAAGAUGUUUUUUUCUCACAAUUGCAAGAUAUAAACCCAAUUAUGUGAAAUCACAGUUGUGAUUUAUAUAUUCACACUUCAGAAAAGAGUCUAACUGGUGAGAUAAUUCAGAACUGUGAGAUAAAAAAAAGUUGUAAUUACCAGUUAUGUUUUAUUGCAUGGUGGAAACAAGAGAAUCCUGAGGGAAAAAUUCAGAAAGUCAGCGUUUAUCUCGCAAAUCUAAAUAUCUCACCAUUUUUUUAGUCUGUGGCGGAAACAGGUUAACAAAGUUUUCAACACUGAUAAUGGCAAGAAAUGUUUCUUGAGAGGCAAAUCAGCAUAUUAGAGUAAUAUCUGAAAGAUCUUGUGACACUGAAUACUGCUGAUAAUUCAGCUUUGUCUUCACAUGAAGAAAUUACAUUUUAAAAUAUAUUUAAAAAAAAAAUUUAUAAAAAUAUUUCACAAUAUUACUGUUUUACUGUAUUUUUGAUCAAAUAAAUGUAGUCUUGGUGAGCAUAAAGAGAUUUAUAUAGUGAUAAAAAUAUUUUUAAAAAGACUCCAAAUUUAUACGGAAAAGUGUUGGUCUGACUCUGUUCUCAAAGCAAAACAUUAUUAUAGUGUCUGUUUAUUUCUUCACAGAUGAGGUCAGAGCUUUGCAGCAGUGGUGACUGUGGGGAAAAGAUCUGUCCAGGUUUCAGGGGCUCAAGAGUGACCUCACAUUUGCCAUCGCUUGGGUGCUCAUCCAUCCCUCCGUCAAGUCCCAGGUCAUAGAGGUUACUCCCUCUUCUGGGUCAUGAGGAGGCUUCACUCUACUCUGGGCACUUGGCUCUUCACACUCCUAGUGAUGCCAGUCUACUGUCAGCAUGGUGAUGAUGGAGAGCGGGGAUCAAGUGACAUCUCUGGGACUGCGGUCACUGGCAAUUCCUCCACUUCAGACUUCCAUGAAGUCGGGGAUGAGCGGGACAGGACCAGGCCAGUUUUUCAGACCCUGCCAGACACAGAAAGCGGUGACUGUUAUGUCCACUUUCACACCAGUCAAGUUAUGUCACGGCAGUUACGAGCUUCCAGAGAGGAAGUUGCUUAUCUAAAGGCCCUUCAACAUGGUAACCAGGCAGUGAUGGAGAAUCUGGUCCAGUUUGUAGGAGCAGAAAUGGGAGAUCAACGCUAUGAGGAGGUGAUCCAAGAGAACAUAGUUGGAAUCAGGGAGGAUCAUGUGAGCUGUGAGAGCGUUGUCACAAAAGCAGCAGAGGAGUUGGAGAGUCAACUGGAGGGAGAUGCUCAAGCCACUUUGGCUGGAAUUCAGAAAAUAAAAAAGGAGUCCCUUGUCUUUGAAGAAAUGCUGCGUGCCUCAACAGACAUUGCCUCUCGACUGGAGAGCUCCUCACGAGCCCUACAUGUGGAGAUGAUCGAACAGCUGAGGAAGAACAUGAGACAGCCGCGCAAAACGAAAUGACUCGGUGGGAAGCCAUCCAACCUGGAAAAAACGAUCAAAGCAGCCUAUUAUAUGGCAUGUAACAUUUAUGUAUCUAUCCACAAUGUUUUCAUAACAUUAAACAAUGUUGUCCCCUUAAACAGUCCAUAUGUUGACCAUUUUAUUAAAUUAAUUCAGUUUUUUUUUCAAUUUUAUCUCCC